UUAGGAUGCAGCCGUGCCACGUGACCCACGCAAUGGACAUCUCCAAGGAUUCCCAGCGGUUGUGGAUUUUAAUAGUCAAUGCAGCCUUCAAGUCGUGGCGUGACACUCCACGGGGCGUGUUCUGACAAGCAACGGAAUGCCUUUUGAAAGCAUCGCGGCGGUCACGGUGAGCUCCGCCUACGUUCCACGUGCUCGCCUUCGCCUCUCCCUGGUCUCCGAGCCGCGCGCUCGAACAUUUUUGCAUAAAAUGUGUGUCAGUAGGGCAGCGAUCUCUCCGGCACAUGCAGAGCGCACAUGCACUCGGCGGCUGUUUAUUGCGCACGAAUAAGCGCAUCUAAUACCCCAUUCUCAAAUGAAAGUGCGCGGUGUUUCACUAAAGAGGGGCCACGCGAGACCAAAAGAAUCCCACGCCUUCUCACUAGGGUCCCUCAGUGGCACUACCCGAGUCACCUGAGCGGGACGGAUGUGGGUGUGAGAGGUGUGUGCUGUGUUAUCGGUAGGGUGGGGUGCUCAAGUUCUGACAGUCCGUCCCUGUACACACUAGUGGCAAGCUUUACUCUUCACUGUGGGCUCCAACGCAGCGCGCGUGCCAGACCGAAGACGUUAUUACACCGGGAAAGAUCUAGAUAGAUAGUAGGAACUGCAGAAAGAUCUGCGCACCUGCCAGAGCACGGGCUUUAAUUCUACACUCAUCUCCUCUUUUGUAUGCAUUACUCGUUUUUUUUCCCUGUGCAUUGGUAUUUAUGACUUUCUCACCGGUUUCCACUCAUCUUUCACCUGAUUCUACAUUUUGCACUUAUUGAGAAUCUGAGGGGAAAUUAAAGACUGUGAUCCACAAAAAAGAUUGAAGACAUAUCAAGGAUGGACAGCAACCCUGGAGGUGUUAUAUUAUAUGCUGGCUCCAGUGGCAGUGCUAGCCCAAGCCCAAGCCCAGGAAGCCCAUCCAGUGGCUACCAGACCCAGUCACCCUCCACACAUUCACAACCAUCAUCCCCAGAGGAGGUCACCUUCACUGAGAUUGGUGCUCUGAAACAACAUGGCAGCAGUGGGACUCCAUCCUCUCCCAAACUGGUCUUUCAGUUCCCAGAGAUCUACAGCAGCUCAACAGCAUCCUCCAACCAGAAUACUUACUCUCACCCUAUCGCAGGAAAAAGGCCAUGUGGCUUUACUGGCACCUUUACCAAAGCAGGAGGUAUGGUCCUACUCUGUAAAGUCUGCGGUGACAUCGCAUCAGGCUUCCAUUAUGGAGUUCAUGCCUGUGAGGGCUGCAAGGGUUUCUUUCGACGCAGCAUUCAGCAGAACAUUAACUACAAGAUGUGCAUGAAGAACGAGAAUUGCCUGAUCAUGCGCAUGAACCGAAACCGUUGCCAGCACUGCCGCUUCAAGAAGUGUCUGGCCGUGGGCAUGUCCCGUGAUGCUGUACGCUUUGGCCGCAUCCCUAAACGUGAAAAACAGAGGCUUCUGGAUGAAAUGCAGAGCUACAUGAACAGCCUGAAUGAAUCAGCCAGCUUAAACAUGACCUCCUCCUCUCCUUGUGAACCCCCAACCAGCCCUAUGGAGAUCCAGCCUAAAGAAACGAUUGGCUCAAUGGCAAAAGCCUAUCAGGACAUCUUCCCAAGUGCUCCCGAAUGCCUUACCAAGAGGGCAGCUGGAAUCAGCAGCGGCAGCAGUGUGCCAACUCCCUUUCAGAGCAUCACCCCUCAGGAAAACAGUUUUUCCCAUUUCAGUACUUCUGCAACAUAUCACUCUGGAGUAACAGUGGGUUACACAGUAGCAGGUCUCUGCCCUGGACAACAAAUGCCCAGUGACAACAAAUGCCCAAUAUCCUCAGUGGAUAACGGUCACUAUCAAAACCAUGCUCCGUCUAAUCAAAUCUCAUGCCAAUCACCAGUUAACCCAUCUCCACAGGCCAAUUAUGCCAGUAGUUAUGCAGCUGGGGAGAUGCAGGCUCAGACCUCAUGCCCAUGGAAGAUGGUCACAGGCUCCAAAGUUCUGGCCUGCCCUCUGAAUGCAUGCCCAGUUUCAGCGCCAGGCGUCUCAAGCCAGCAGGUGUGGGAGUCUUUCUCUCAGUGUUUCACCCCUGCAGUGCGGGAGGUGGUGGAGUUUGCCAAGGGCAUCCCAGGGUUUCAGGACCUCUGCCAGCAUGACCAGAUCAUGUUGCUCAAAGCGGGCACUUUUCAGGUGCUGAUGGUGAGGUUCUGCUCACUGUUUAAUCCAAAGGACAGAACAGUGACAUUUUUAAAUGGGCAUGCCUACCCUCUGCCCACUCUGAGGACGCUAGGUAUGGGCUCGCUGCUGGAUGCCAUGUUUGACUUCUCUGAGAAACUGGCCUCCCUCAGUCUGGAAUCUGAUGAGAUGGCACUUUUUAUGGCAGUGGUCCUAGUCUCUGCAGACCGAACAGGUGUUUCAGACACGGCAGCUGUGGAGCAGUUACAGGAGAGUCUGAUUCGGGCACUGCGAGCUUUGGUUUACCGUCGCCAUCCUGAAGACAGUGCACUUUUCCCUAAGCUGUUGCUACGCCUGCCGGACCUGCGAACCCUCAACACCUUGCAUUCUGACAAGCUACUGAAUUUCCACAUCGACCCAUGAGCGACUAGCAAACCAUCAGCUGCCUGGUGCAUGACUGGGCAUUAAGAGGAUGAAUUCCCAAUUAGCAGAGGAAAACAAAAGUGGAUUCAUGCAAGGAACAUUUCACCAUUUUUGUUAUCAACUCACUCAAACAGUAAGAACAAUUGGGUGAACAUGGAUUUGGAAUAAUAGUCUUGAUCAGAGACAAGAUUUACUCUUCUUUCUAUUUAUUCACACAAUUCCCAAGACUCUCAGCAUACCUGAAAGCACCUCGGAAACAUUUCCAACUAACAUGACUUUUAAAAAGGCAGUUUCCUAUUCAUAUCAUGACUAUCAGCUAUUGUAUUAAACAAGGAACCUAAAUAAUGUUGGUGUCCUCUUUGGAAAAUGUAUCAUGUUUUUUUUUUCUAGUGCAACCUGCAACCAAGACCACAAAUAAGAAUAAGGAAUAAAGCAGCAUAGGGACUAUUUAAACAUGUACAUCAACAUGUAAAUGAAUUGCCAUGUACAGAACAUAAAUAAUACAGUAAUUAAUUCACAUCAUAUAGGUUUUUCCAGUUGUUUAACAUGUAUGUACCAUCAGUGUUAAUGUAAUAUUAAAUAGCAAGAUGAAUUUCAAUUGUAUCAAUAAGCACAAGAACUCUGGUUAGUUAUAUCAAAUUUUAAAAGAAAUAUUAUAAUAUUAUUCUUUCAUCCAGGCAAAUUGUAACCAAGUUGAUCAUUUCUGUUCUUAGUCCAUUGUCUUGCACUCUACUCCACUGUUUUAUCUCAAGAGACACAACCAGCAGCCACAGUAACCCAAGCAUGUGUUGUAGUUGCUUGUUUUUUUUUCUGUUUCAUUGCUGUAAAUAUUGUAUGGCUGCAGGUAUGCGUGACCGAGACAAAUUAAUAUACAUCAAAGGAAUAUAUAUAUAUGAGAGAAUAAGAUGUUGAAAGAGACGUUGGGUGCCUUCUGAAGAAACGUUGUGGCUAACGUGUGGUUGUAGAAAAGAACCCUCACCAGGUGUGCCGAGGAUGUAAUGAGCGAUCAGAUUACACCAGCAGAGUUCUCCAAUAGCCCUUUAAUGAGAGUUAGAGGUCUUAUCACGACAUGUUAACUGGAGCGCACAAGAUGCUUGAAAAUAACAUGUGAUGUAAUCAUGCUAAUGUAUAUUUUGUAAAUGAUAUCCUUCCAUACAGAUCAAGAUAAAUAUGAGAUUAUGUACAGUA